CCGCCGCCGCCGCCGUGCAGCCCCGCGCGGCGCGAGCAGCUGCCAAGGGGCCAAGGGAUGAGCUGGGGCCCUCCUUCCCAAUGGCAUCUCCCCCUGGUCUGGAACUGAAGACACUGAGCAGUGGUCCCCAGACCCCAAGGAGACCAGCUCCUUUAGGCCUCGUGGCCCCAUCCAGGCGGGGUGUGGAGAACGCCUGCUUCUCCUCGGAGGAGCACGAGACCCAUUUCCAGAACGCUGGGGACAUCAGACUCGGCAGCUCCCCCAGCCCUCCCAGGGGUGUACCCUCAAGGCCCCCAUCCCAGCGGGAUGACCUGUCCCUGCAUUCAGAAGAAGGGCCAGGCCUGGAGCCCGUAAGCCGCCCGGUGGAUUACGGCUUUGUUUCUGCUCUGGUUUUCCUGGUGAGUGGGAUCCUCCUGGUGGUGACAGCGUAUGCCAUUCCCCGUGAGGCCCAUGUCAACCCGGACUCGGUGACAGCGCGGGAGAUGGAACGACUAGAGAUGUACUACGCCCGCCUGGGCUCCCACCUGGACAAGUGCAUUAUCGCGGGCCUGGGGCUGCUCACAGUGGGCGGCAUGCUCCUGUCCGUGCUGCUGAUGAUCUCCCUCUGCAAGGGCGAGCUCUACCGCCGGCCGACCUUCGUCCCCUACAGGGGCUCCAGGAAGACCUAUGGCUCCAUUAACCUGCGCAUGAGACAGCUCAGUGGGGAAGGGGGCCAGGGCCUGGUGGAAAACGAAGUUGUCCAGGUCUCAGAGACCAGCCGCACCCUCCAGGGGUCUUAAUUAGGAGCUCUCCUGAUCUGA